CUUUCUUUUUGGAGUUUUCUUCUGGGUUUUUCUUUUAACCCAAAUUUCAAAACUAACUCAUCUACCAAACCCCCCCAAGAAACAUCGAGUUCAAAUAUCAACCUUUCAUUAAAAAAAACAAUAAAAGAGAAUUGUUGGGUUGUGUUUAUAUUCUAGUAAACCCUAUUAUUUUCUUGUACUAUCGUAAGUUUCUGAAGUAUAAGAUUAGUUUUCCUCAAAGCUGCUUCAGCUUGUGGAGUUUUGGUUUUAUUUCGUGCACUUACUUUCGGUAUAGAUUUUCUGUUUUUUCAGUGGUUGAUCAGUUCAUCAAAUCGAGAAAAAAAAAACGAUGUCUCAAGAACCAAAUCAAAACCCUAACCCUACUGUCAAUCCAACGAAGAGGAAGAGAAAUUUACCAGGGACACCAGAUCCAGAUGCUGAAGUUAUUGCUUUAUCUCCAAAGUCUCUAAUGGCGACCAACAGAUUCCUGUGUGAAAUCUGCAACAAGGGUUUUCAGAGGGACCAGAACUUACAACUGCAUAGGAGAGGUCACAAUCUGCCGUGGAAGCUCAAGCAAAGAACCAACAAAGAAGUUAGGAAGAAAGUUUACAUCUGCCCUGAGAAGACGUGCGUCCACCAUGAUCCGUCGAGGGCACUCGGUGACCUCACUGGUAUAAAGAAGCACUUUAGCCGUAAACAUGGCGAGAAGAAAUGGAAGUGCGAGAAAUGUUCCAAGAAGUAUGCAGUUAAGUCGGAUUGGAAAGCUCAUAGUAAGAUUUGUGGCACUCGAGAGUAUCGUUGUGACUGUGGAACCCUCUUUUCCAGGAAGGAUAGUUUCAUUACACAUAGAGCUUUCUGCGAUGCAUUAGCUGAAGAAAGUGCAAGAUUUAGAAACGAUUUGAUUAACAUUGCAGACCAACCUAAUUCCCACCUUAUUAACCCAAUUGGUAGUAUUCAAAGCAACGUCGAUGCUUAUUUUGCACCCAAACCUACAAGCUUGACCGAAAUGGUUGCACCAAUGAACGUUUUUGGUUCAUUAUCGCAAGCACAAUGGCUCAGCCAGUACCCACCACAAGCAUCAUUGCAACGAGUACCCAAGGAAGAUGACAACAAGGGAGAUUUGUCGGAAUCUAUAACAUCUUUAUAUUCGAAUAAUACUCAGAACUGUCUCCGACAAAACAAUACUCACAUGUCAGCCACUGCACUCCUGCAAAAAGCAGCCCAAAUGGGAUCUACGAGAAGCAACCCUUCAAUCAAUAACAGUGAGUUAUUUGGGUUAUUGAGUUCCUCGAUGAUUUCGAACCCUAAUGGUGGUGACCACAACAAGAAUGGAGGUUCUUACAAGGUGUUUACCCCAAAUGAGUUGGUGAGAGAGUUGAACUCGAGCUCGAGGUUGAAGAUGAAGAUGAAUGCAAAUGAAGUCGAAGCGAGCUUAACCAGGGACUUCCUUGGUGUGGGAAGCGAAUCGAGUAGACCAUCGAUGUUCCGACGAGAGCUUGGUGAGUUAGCUUCAAUGGGCUCCGUUCAGCCAUGGAGUUGAUCAUUACAAUGGUAGUUUAAAGGUGGUUAAUUCAGCUGAAUGUGCUAGCUUAAUGAAGGGAAAAUGAAGCAGCACUGAGUCAACUCGGGACUCGGGAGUCUUUUGAAUGGGACCAUUGGACUGCGUGGUGGAAGGGAGUGAAGGAAAGAGACAAUGCAGCGUUGGGGCCCUCCAUGCAACGUUGAGUUUUCAGUUUUCACUUUUUUAAAAAUUAAUUUUCGUAUUUAUUUUGUUGAAAGCUUUUCAGAAUUUUAGUUUUUUUUUUAAUAUUUGCACUGUGUUUCCCUCCUUGUGAGGGCGAUGUGACCCUAUUUUUCAAACUUAGUUUUCAUUUUCUCUUCUCGCAUUAGAAUUUAUUUACAUACAUUAUCAGUUUAACGUGUAUAACCUCAGUAAAAAUAAGCUUGUAUAAUUGUUUUUGUUGUUUUGGAUUUA